UGGUGAAAUGUCUAUUCUAGUCCUUUGCCUAUUUCAUGAUCGGAUUAUUUGUCUUUUUGUUGUUAAGUUGUCGAAGUUUUAUAUACAUUUGUUUUUAGGUUCUUGUCGGAUAGAUAUAUGGCUUCUAAAGAUAUCCUCCCAGUUGGUAGCUUGUCUUUUCACUUUUUUGGUAAAGUCUUUUGGUGAAUAGAAGUUUUUAUUUUUAUUUUAAGAGUUUUCAAUGCAAAUGAUCUAUGAAAAUGAAACAUUUCUUAAUCAAGCUGCAUUUUGUGCUUCCAACUUUGCCUUUUGAGCCUGUAGACUAUUUUGCUGCUGCUGUUGCUCGCUGCUUUGCACUUUUCCUGGGAUUUUUAAAAACAUUUCCCUUGGUAACCAUUUUCCCUGGUUACUUUCUUGGCUGACUUUCCAUACAAAGAACUGAAAGGCAUUUAUCCCCAAGGGAAACAGUUAUUUUAGAUUUUACUAAGAAGUCAGUUAAUAUUUUUCAACAUCCCCUUCCGUUGCUCUCUUUGUUUUAAAGAAAGCUCUGAUUUUGUUUCAUUUUCAGCUGGACUUAAAUGGCACCAAGCACAGUCUACUUAGUUUAGAUUUCCAGAAAUUGGCUGGUGACAAAUCAAACAUGAAGUUUGCAGUUUUGUUUUCUUUUUUUCUGCUUGUUACUUUUCACAUUGAUUUUGGACAAAAUAAAGAAACUCCUAGGAAGCAAAGAAGAAAGAUGUAUUACCGAAGAUUAAGGAAAAGCUCUUCAGCCAACCACAGGUCAAACAGACAGCUUAGGGUACAGCAAACAAAUAUUGUUACACCAGCAGCAAGACUUCCCAUUGCUAACUUGGGUUAUAGUACGGAGGAAAAAUUUGAAUCCUUCUCAAGUUUUAUUGAAGAAGAAUCAAGCUAUAAUGUGUUACCAGGAAAAAAGGGGCACUGCUUGUUCAAGGGGAUGGUCAUGUACAACAAAGCUGUAUGGUCUCCUGAACCUUGUACUACUUGCCUCUGCUUGAACGGAAGAUUGCUUUGUGAUGAAACCGUGUGCCACCCUCAGACGUGCCCUGAAACAUUUACACCUGAAGAAGAAUGCUGCCCAGUCUGCUCUCAUACUGUCUCUUAUUCCCUGUUCAGUGGUAUAGCAUUAAAUGAUAGAACUGAAUUUUCUGGUGAUUCUUCAGAACAAAGAGAACCUACCACUUUACUUCAUAAGCAACUUAUACCUACCCAGCUGGAAAUGGACCAAGUAUUAAGAAAAGAAGCAUUUCAAUCUGAGAAAGAGGAAGAUGAAGAAAUUAAAGAAGAUGAAGAUAUGCAGCAAAAGAAAAAAAACCUUGGACCUCAAGAUCGGGGGAGACUGCACAAUGAGGAGGAGAGCAGAGAGGAAGAGCGAAAGCAGAGAUCUCAAGAGGAGGAGGGGCAGGCAUAUCAAAGUCUAAAUCAAGGAAGGGAAGAGGAAGAGGAAGGAGAGGAAGAGGAAGAGGAAGGAGAGGAAGAUGAAGAAGAUGCUGUCAGAGGAGAUGGUCUCAGAAUGCCCUCUCGAUUCCCAAUACCUGCUCCUCCUAGAGGCACACCGCCUCUGCCAAGCAGGUGCUCUCUGUCUUAUAAGACCAUCAGCUGCAUAAAUGUGGAGCUCACAGAGAUACCACCAAUAACAGCACCAGAGAUAACAAGUUUGGAGCUGGCUGGGAAUUCCAUCACUUCCAUUCCAGAUGAAGCAUUUAAUGGAUUACCUAAUUUGGAAAGGCUUGAUCUGAGCAAAAAUAAUAUCACCUCUUCAGGCAUAGGCCCCAAAGCAUUCAAGCUUCUGGAGAAGUUAAUACAUCUGAAUAUAGAUGAAAACAAUUUGAUACAGAUUCCUUCAGAAUUGCCAUCUACAUUAGAAGAACUUAAAAUCAAUGACAACAAUCUUCAGGUCAUCAAUGAAGAAAGUUUAUCAGACUUAAAUCAGUUGGUUACCUUAGAAUUGGAAGGAAACAGUCUCAGUGAAUCCAGCGUCAAUCCUUUAGCUUUCAAACCUUUGAAGAGCCUAUACUACCUGCGUCUAGGAAAAAAUAAAUUUAGGACUAUACCACAGAAUCUUCCUGCUUCUAUUGAGGAAUUAUACCUGGAAAAUAACCAAAUUGAAGAAAUAACUGAAAUUUGUUUCAAUCAUACCAGAAAGAUAAAUGUCAUUGUGCUUCGUUAUAAUAAAAUUGAAGAAAAUAGAAUUGCUCCUUUAGCUUGGAUAAAUCAAGAAAAUCUGGAAUCAAUUGAUCUCUCCUACAACAAGCUCUAUCAUGUCCCCUCAUAUCUACCAAAGUCUCUGUUGCAUCUAGUGCUAAUCGGGAAUCAGAUUGAACGGAUUCCUGGCUAUGUGUUUGCUCACAUGGAGCCCGGCCUCGAAUACUUGUACCUGUCAUUUAACAAACUUGUGGAUAAUGGAGUGGACCGUGUCUCUUUUUAUGGGGCAUACCAUUCUCUGAGAGAAUUAUUUCUGGAUCACAAUGACUUCAAAUCUAUACCACCUGGGAUACAGGAAAUGAAAGCACUACAUUAUCUGAGGUUGAAUAACAACAAGAUACGGGAUAUUCUUCCAGAACAAAUUUGCAAAGCUGAAGAAGACGGUGAUUCAACUCUGGAACAUCUUCAUUUUGAAAAUAAUUACAUUAAAACAAGAGAAAUAUCACCCUAUGCAUUUUCAUGCAUAAGAUCAUAUUCAAGUAUUGUUCUUAAACCACAAAAUAUCAAGUAAUUCAAAAUUCUUCUUUGUCAUUUAUAAAAUGCACUCAUAUAUUUGUUGCAGCAUUUGUCAUGAAUAAGAGAGACAUAAUUCUCAUGUUAUAUUCAGUAUGACAGUCAGCCUGAUACACCAAUCCAGAGAUGAACAACCAAAAAUAUACCUACAAGGUGUGUUAGUGAAGGUGAAAGAAACAUUCAGUUUCCCACCCCGAGAAAGAAGUCAUCAAUUGCAAAGUUUGUCUCAUGAGAAUAGGAUGUUAUGCACUGCUACGCCAGACAAGAAGAAUCUGGAACAAGACAUACACAUCCUUUAUAAUUAACCUGAGUUAAUAACUCAUAAGUUAAUAACUCAUUAUAACUUCAUAAAUCCUUUUAAAAAUUAUAUAUGCAUGUUACUGUCCAAGACCAAGAAGUAUAUUGGCAGGAAAAAAAUAACAAAUAGAAUUUAUGAAUUUAUGUUCUGUUUUUUAUUCUACUGUUAAAACAGUAAUUUGUUAAUUUUCUUUAAGAUCUUAUGCUAUAAUUACUGAUAUAAAUACACAUAAGUAUUGGCUUAGCUUUAGUUCCUUCUAUUAAUUCCAAGUGUGAAAUUAAUACUAUUGUAAAGUUAAUUUCCAGGUUUUGAUCAUUGUACUAUGGUUACGUAAGUUGUUAACAUCAGGGGAAGUUGGGAGAAGGGUAUACAUGUUUCUGUAAGUCAAAAUAUUUUUUAAAAUGUUAACAAAACAUUAUUCUAAAAUCUACUUUCAUUAUUCUCACUGGUCAAGAUCAAAAGGUUUUAUGGAAACCAGUGGAGUUUGUUUAAGAUACAGGCUGAUUAUCCUUGACUAUAACCUUGUAAAUGUAAACCUAAAGCAUAAAUUUAAAAACAUUUUUGCUCCAUUGAUGAUAGUCAACACCUAUCUCUUUUGCCCUAAUUUGUUCAAUGCAUCGUUUUAUUCAGAUCAAUUUAACAUAAAGCUACUAGCACUCAACGAUGUACUAGGCCCUACCAAAACCAUAUAUUACAAUUUUCAUUAUGUAACGAUCUUUUAUCUCUGUAUUGCUAAAAUAAAUUAUAAAAGGCACAUAUAGAAACUAUGGUGACUUCUUUAAUUUUAGUGUUAGUUUUGUGUUUUGAAAAAACACAAAUUCAAGUCUUGGCCCCCCUAUCAGUUACACCUUGGGCAGGUUACUCUAAUUUAUUAAACUUUAGUUCUAUGAUCUUUUAGUAGUUCAAUCAACAUCCUAGGAAUCUUUCGGCCCAACUUCCCAGAACUGUUUGUCAUGAGAAUCAGAGAAGAAUGUAAAGCAUUUUUGAGGAUAUGUUGUACAUGGUCAGUGCAGUUAUUAUUAUAAAAAUUACAUAUAAAAUUGAGAGAAACAAGCACAUUCGACCAAAGCUCACCAUUUCAUGGGCAGCUUUUGAAAUGUGAAAGUUUGAUUUACUCCAUUUGAGCUAAUGUUAUUUCUAAGCCUUUUUUUCUAAGUCUCCUCUCUUAAUAUCUAGGGAUCUAAGAUUACAAUAUGAACAAGAAUAAUAAUACGAUGUAGAUGUUAGAAGUAAGGGUCAAAGACUUAAGGCAGGUGGUUAAGAACAGAAAUAGAAUCUUAUGAAACAGUAAGCUGAGACUCAUAGUCUAAGAAUGUAGGAGCAUUAAUUUAAAAUGGCCAAGUAGAAUGUAACAGACAGGAAAAACAAGAAGAUAAGGUUAUCUAUUUAUUUAACAAGAACGCUUGUGCAAUUAAUCUUGCUGUGAGAAUAUAUAUACACUGAUAUAAAUAGCUUACAGCAAUCUAAGCAGUAAACAAACUAGCUUCAAAGGGGACUUCAAUUGAAUACCAUAACCCAACGGAAUUAGCAUGCUGGAAAAAUACAGAGACUGACUCUGAACCAUUCCUUCACUCAUUUAUUAUUCUUAUUUUUUUCCCAUAAAAAAUUUAGUGAUAAAUGUUCUUAAAGCAAACAUUCUUCAUGAUAUAAUACUAUAACAGAUAGAUGCUCUGUUUGGCUUCAGAAAUAUGUUAUAAUUACUAACACGUACACUAAGGAAAUCCUGGUCCAGGCAUUUAUUAAGAAUAUUAACAGUAUGUCAUCUUUGCACAUAUGUACAGUAAGACCUGCAAAAAGCCAGAACCUGUGCAAGGCAGAAACCUGUCAGAGAAGGAAAACUCAAAUAUUUUCCACUAAAACAAGUGAGAGAAAAAAGGUAAG